CUCUCUCUCUCUCUCUCACUUGAGUAAUCCAACGUUUGUCUUUGUGAUUAAUUAUAUAUCUAAUGCACUCCGAGAAAGGAGGAGAUGAGAUGAAGCACAGGCCAGGCAGUGGAUCUCGGAUGGAAUGUGGGAGUGGCUUGCGCAACAAGUUGAACGUGAAUGAAGAAUACAUGGAAGCAUUCAGAAGCAAGUCUUUCUUGGACGUGUUCAGCAAAGUUCAAGGCCAGCUGAGUAUUGAAACAUCAUUAUCAUCUUUUUCUUCUUCUUCGUCUUCGUCUUCAUCGUCUGCAUCUUCGUUGUCGUCUCUUCCUCUCUACACACAUCUCUCCGAGUUCGUGCUCGAACCGCGUCAAGAAACCCUAAUCGACUUGUUUAAGGGAUCCAAUCUCCAAGACUGCAUUCUGGUGGACUACUUCGAAGCCAGCUUAAAGGCCUGCAAUAUUUGCGAGCUCCUCCUUCAAAGCAUACACCAGACCCGCGAAAAUUACCGAACAAUCACUAAGAUCAUCAAGCAAAGCAAAAGGGUGCUACAAAAUUCCACAAACUACACCAACGAUCAAUGUGCCUCGAUAUUUCGAGACCUCGCCUCUUACACCCUGCUCGAAAACUCGUUAACAGCAAUUAGUCCUUCUCAAUUCCGGGAUGUUCGCGAUAGCUACAAAGUCCUUUUCAACAGAUUAACGUCGAGAAGCAAGAAGAUAAAGAGACAAACCAAGCUCAGUAAGUUUUGCAAGAGAGCUUUAGGGUGUGGAUUAGUAGUAUCCUACAGUGUAAUAGCAACUGCAUUGCUGGUCAUUGCAGUUCACAGCAUCGUCGGGAUUUUGGCUGCGCCGGGGCUCGUGGGUUUUACUAGGGUUUUGCCCAAGAAAGGGACCAAAAUGGAACAUCAGGUAGGAUCAUUGAGAAGCCUCGAUGUUGCGGCAAAAGGAGUGUACAUAUUGAUCAAUGAUUUCGAUACGAUGAGUCGGUUGGUGCAGCGGCUGCACGACCAGGUGGAACACAGCAAGGCCAUUGCAGGGAUAUGCGUUAGGAAUGGGAAGAGUGAGGUGCUGAGGGAGGUGAUGAAGGAGUUCGAUGUCCAAGAGUCUUGCUUUUUGGAUCAAUUAGAAGAGCUUGAAGAGCACAUCUACUUGUGUUUUGUGAACAUAAACAGGUCAAGAAGGCUUGUUCUGCAAGAAAUCAGUACCGGUAUACUCCCAAAAUUAGCAUGAACUUAUCCCUGAGAUUGAUUAAUGUGUUUUGGAGGCCAGAGGAUACCAAAAAAGCUUUUCAGAUCAGUAGAAAGAGGCCAGUUCUCAAAAUGUCUCAUUCGUGCAAGACGAAUAAGAAGAUAGUUUGCUGAUCACAUUCGAAAAAAUGAAGAUUAAGAUGGCCUGCAUCAGCAUUAUUAUUAUUAUUAUUAUUAUUAUUUAUCAUGAUUGUUCAGGUGUUCCUGCAACAGUCAUCAUUUUCUACCAACUGUACAUGCAUUACUUGUAUGUUUAUCAAUUUU